AUGCUGCCGCAUGCCCUUUCCUCCUAUGAUACGCUGGCGUUCAACGACGUAUUUCGCUUCUUUUACCUCAGAAGUAAGCAGCAUAUCGCAGCUGUGGCUAAUUGGAUGAGCGCGGCUGCUAUUUGGUUGAUUCUAGCAGUUUCUGUGGAGCGCUUCCUAAUAAUUCGCUCUCCAUUGCGGUCAAAACUCUAUUGGCAGCGAGGGAAAAUGGUACUCGUUCUCAGCUCAAUCUUCUUCGCUACUGGUUUACUCACUCUUUAUCAUCAUUUCGAAUAUGACUGCACUCUAAUGGAAUUCUGCAAUGGUAGUCAACUUAUCGACUUCUGCUAUUAUGCUGGAGAGAAACAUCCUAGAACGUUUCUCAAAAAAGAGUUGAUCCUUCCCAGCGAGGUGAAAAAGGUCUACAUGCGGGUCAUGACCAUAUUCAAUGCACUUCUAGUGGUUUUUGCGCCGAUACUUCUAGUCAUCCUUCUGAACAUGCUUAUGAUGCGAGAGCUUCGUUUCAAUGACUUGUCCAUUCUGGAGACAUUCCGUGGUUCAAUCACAAGAAACCAACAUCGUCAACGUCGUCGCGUUACGGUGACCGUGAUAGCGAUUGGCUUAUGUUUCUCGCUCACUCAAGGGCCGUCGGCAGUGAUGGUGAUUUGGGAACUGUUUGCUGGCUAUGCGCACCUUGGAGCAACGUUCUAUGCAAUAUUCAGCAUCACCAACAGUCUCGUCGUCACCGGGAAAACGAUCAACUUCAUCCUGUUUUGCCUCUCGUCAGAGCAUUUCCGCCGAAAGUGCUUCGUUAUGCUGUUUCGAAAGUUUCCACGGUUGUCGCGAAGCAGUCUGGGCCAACGACUGAGUAUUUAUGCGAGAAGUAAUUCGGCAGACGUUCGCGGAUCGUUACGCACUUUACGUUCCUAUCGACGAAGUUCGGUGACAACUCUGCCACCACCACGAGAACAACGGGAAAGUGCACAUUUACGAGAGAGCCUGGUUCUAUCCAACUCAUUGCAGAACUAG